AUGUAUAUCAGCAGGUGAGUUUCAUUUUUAGUGCGUUUAAAAGGCACAUGAAGAAUAUUUUCUAAAAGAAAUAUUGUUUUAGCCGAACAAUAUUUGUGAUAUCAGUAAUUUUAACAACAUUCCUCAUCUUCCACAGUUUCAAUAAUGUCUCCUUUCACAAUUACUACGACCAAGCCGAGUUUAUUCGCGGGUUCAUGAACAAGGAUGUCCAGGAGAAAGGCCCAUUUGACCAUGUCUAUGUUGUUUUAUCAUCAGAUCUUAACCUAUAUUACUUUGUUCACAUGCCAAUUAUUGUGCAAUAUUGGAAGAAUUUUGGGAUAAAAACAUAUCUGAUGAUCACUUUGAAGGAGGGAGAGAGAAUUGAGGAUGAUAAGGCCGCUAAGAAAGUUGUCGAAUUUGUCGAGGGGCAAGGGGUAAGUGAAAAAAAAUGUAUACUAAUGUAUAUCUCCCACAUUUUUUGCUUGCACUUUGUAGAAUUAACUUGAAAAACUCUGAAAUUUUUAAACCCUUUGCACUUUUAAGGAUGAAAAGAGAGUUUCUUACAGAUGAAGCUUCUCAUAACAAGGGCCGGACAUUUCGGAAAAACGAUCAAAUCAGAAUCUUUUGAUAUUUUGCACAGCUGCUAUACUAUGAUAGUUGAACGUCAGCCUGAAUUUUUAGUUUUGAAAAUUUCCGUGUACAGGGGUUAUUGUAGGUACAAUUUUCAGAGAGAUUGGGUCCGUGUGUAAAAACCCCAAGGAGUAAAAGCACAAAACCAAGCUAUUUUACGUUUUCGGCCAUGGGGAAUAUCUUCAUAAUUGACACCUUUGUCCUAGGAUGUAGUCUUCGACUAUUUUGAAAAAUGGUACCAUUUAGAAUAUAACUUUUUUGCAGAGAACUUGUCUCAACUUUAGAAACCUCUCAGAAAUACUUUGCCAUAGAUGUAACAACAUACCAAAAAUGCACAAAAGUAAAAGGGGUGGUUUUGGAGUUAUGGUACUUUAACCCCCAUAUACGGUAAUUUUCAAAACUUAAAAUUCACGCUGACGUUCAGCUAUCAUAGUACAACAGCUAUGCAAAAUAUCAAUAGAUUCUGAGUUGGUCGUUUUUUCGAAAUGUCCGGGCCAUGCUUCGAGUUGUAAAAAACUCUCUUUUAAACUAUGCAACUUUUCUAAUAAUCAUUGUUUUAGACAGCAUGAUGUUAGUUAAACCUUGUACUUUAAGACAAUGUAUGCAGUGUCCAAAGCUGAACAAAAGAGCUUCUUUUCAGGCUGCAGUCGCGUAUUUCCAAAGCAAGAAGAUCAAGUCCGGCCAAUUCGCCCAAACUCUCCGCUGUUUUGCCGCUGGCACUGAAUUCGCUCACACCCUGGACCCCAAUAAUACCAUAUUCAUCACAAGUGAUGUUGAUUUCUUCCCGAGUAAGACCGAAUUUCAUGUCCCCAAUCUCACGAAAGGCGAGGAAAUUUUGUUCUAUGACAAAAGUUGCUGUGGGGACAUCAAUUGGAAGGGUGUGAAGUUCGAGAUGUACAUUAUGAUUACAAUUGCAAUGACAUUAAAUAGAUGGAGGGAAACUAUGGGUAAGGCGUACGGAGAUCACGAUGAUAUUGUUCUAGGACUGUCUCAUGUGGUCCCAGUCGACAGCGACUUUGUGGAGGACUAUACAAACCAAACUUUUGAUGGGGAAGUGAACAAAAUGGACCAAUGGGGACAGUGGUUCUUGGACCAGAAAUUCUUUGGCCUCAAGUUUUGGCAAUGGAAGAGGACACAUAGAAAAGAGUGAGUGUAGUAAGACGGUUAGUGAAUGAAGUACGCAAUCAAUAAUAUCUUUUUUACAUAACGUUCUUUCCCCUUACUAAUGUUUUACGCCCCUCCGCCAUGCUUCCGACCAAUUGCAUCCUAUUCAUAGCUGUGGUGCUCCUUUCACAAUACGUGGGCAGUUCUGAAAACCAAAUCGCUCUAAUAUGGAGAAUUCAGAUAUCAUCAUUGUGAUUUCGCAAACGUAGUAUCAACAGAUUUCGCCCGCUUAUGCAAAUCCUCUUUCAUAAACUUGCAGGCAUCACUUUUUUUGCUCACGGCGAAGCCUGAGACUCGCGAAAACAUCAUGAAACUUUACAUAUCAUUAUACGAGACACCAUUCUGCAAAAAAAAACACAAAGAGUUCUUUCAGAUACCAUCAAAUCAUCCGCAACAUCGAUCGCCGCGGCAAACCUCGUCUGGAGAGGAAUCAUUGGCCAAAAGAUGAGGAGUUGGAGAGGAUAGAUGACAUCUGGAAGGCAUACGAGAGCGCCCACAUUACUCCAGGGAUCUUCUUGGACAAUGUUUGGGCCAAGAAUCUCCUGUUUUAUAAGAAAAUAUUCCCGGAGAGUCAAAUCCAACAGUUCUCGGAAUUCCGGGAUUCUGUGAUCCCAUUGAUGAACAUCACGGAGACCAUGCGACGACAUUAUCAUCCAGAACAAAACGCUCCAUAUUGGAACGAAACGUUCUCUCAGAAGGGAAUGCUGGGCAAUGGCACAUAA